AUGCAGGGCUACAUGAAGGGCGAGCUCGAACGCGUGGAAGGGGGCACCGUGGACGUGACGGGCCACACCCCCUCUGCCGCCGACCUUAUGCUGAAGAGAGACUACAAGGGAGACAAGAGCAUCUCCCAGGCCGCCGUGUCCGAGGACGGGAAGGUGAUGGUGGCCCUCGACACGCGGGAGGACGCGAAGGUCUUAUCGCAAAAGCUCGCUCGCGAGAUCGCCUAG